AUGAUUAUCCCAGUGCGCUGCUUCACAUGCGGCAAAGUGAUUGGGAACAAGUGGGACACAUACCUCGACCUCCUCCAGGCAGAAUAUUCCGAGGGGGAUGCCAUGGACGCUCUGGGCCUCUCCCGCUACUGCUGCCGGCGCAUGAUCAUGACGCAUGUGGACCUCAUAGAGAAGCUGCUGAACUACAACACGCUGGAGCGGGCGCCCAAGGUCCCCGGCGGAUGA